GUCACAUGCAGCGGCCAAACAGACCUCGCCCAACACUUUGGAUCUACUCGAGAAUUUCAAUCACAAUAAACAACCAUGCGUGAAUACAAACUCGUCGUUUUGGGAUCUGGUGGUGUUGGCAAGAGUGCCUUGACAGUACAAUUUGUACAGGGGAUCUUUGUGGAGAAGUAUGAUCCAACAAUUGAAGACAGCUACAGAAAGCAAGUGGAAGAAAAUGGCUUGUCAUGUAUGCUGGAAAUACUGGAUACAGCAGGAACAGAACAAUUUACAGCGAUGAGAGACUUGUACAUGAAGAAUGGACAGGGGUUCGUCUUAGUCUACUCAAUCACAGCCCAAUCCACAUUCAAUGAUCUACUGGAUCUAAGGGAACAGAUCCUACGAGUCAAAGACACAGAUAAUGUACCAAUGGUACUGGUAGGCAACAAGUGUGACUUAGAAGAUGAGAGAGUCGUGGGUAAAGACCAAGGUGUCAACCUAGCUAAGCAGUUUGGAAACUGCACCUUCUUGGAGACAUCAGCCAAACUUAAGAUCAACGUGGAUGAGAUAUUUCAUGAUCUGGUCAGACAGAUCAAUCGUCAGACACCAGACCCAAGAAGGAAGACUAAAGCUAAGGCUAAAGGCAGCAAGAAAGGUGGAUGCGUGUUGGUGUGAAGGGGUUACAUCUGGUGCUUUGCAUGCUUAUGGGGGGGGAUUGCUAGUCUCAAUGUUAUCUCAUCAAAGCUGUCUGGUUUUCUUCAACUCUCUUUAUCAUCAAUGGAGUACCAAUCAAAUAGUGUACCAAUCAAUCAGUUGUCUUAUCGGCGUACUGUAGGAUCAGCCUUGGAUCAAGACUAGGUUUUAAAGCCACUAUCAUCUGCAAACUCAGGCCUGUCAAGAGUAGUAUGUACAUAGAAACAGCUAAGUAGUCUGGGUUCAAGCCAUUCCAGUCUUGAUUUAAGAAAACACUGUGAGAUGGUAUCUACUAUAUUGUAAUAUCAUGGAUGGGUAUCACUGUAAGGCCCGGCCACACAGGCCUCGAAAACGAUAACGAAAACGAGAAUGUUAAUAACGCCCUCGAUUGGUUGAAUGAGCAUGGGCGUAUUCUGCGUGGAGCAAUUC